UAUGGGAAUUGUAGUUCAGGCAACGCGAAAGCGUUGCGUGUGGCGAAGAAAAAGACUACGUUUCCCAGCAGCGGCUGGGCAGGUCACAACGCUGCCGGGGAAGCAAUAUUGGUGUGGGGUGAGGAGCUAGGACGGUAGUUCCUGGCCCGGAGGAAAGUAGAGUAGUUUGAUCUGUGGAGGGAAGAAAGAAAUGGCGGUUGAUAAAGAGCUGUUGGAGCUGGACUUGUAUGCGCUGCUGGCAGUCGGCGAGAAGGCGGCGGAUAAAGAGAUUAAGAAAGCCUACAGACAGAAGGCCUUGUCUUGUCAUCCAGAUAAAAAUCCAGACAAUCCUAAAGCAGCUGAACUCUUCCAUCAGUUGUCUCAGGCACUAGCAGUUCUAACAGAUGCAGCAGCAAGGGCAGCGUAUGAUAAAGUGAGAAAAGCCAAGAAACAAGCAGCAGAAAGAACUCAGAAACUUGAUGAAAGGAGGAAAAAAGUCAAGCUUGACCUUGAAGCUCGAGAGAGAGAGGCCCAGGGUCAGGUUAGCAAGGAGGAAGAGAUCCUGAUAACCAGGACAUUAGAGCAAGAAAUUCUACGGCUACGUGAAGAGGGAUCCCGCCAGCUGGAGGAACAGCAAAAACUUAUCCCGGAACAAAUCCGACAUGAGAAAGAACAGCGAAUUCGAGGCAAACAAGAUGGGUAUGCAGAGGAGGGCAAAGGAACUCCCAAGCUCAAACUACGAUGGAAAUGCAGGAAAGAAGAUGAAACUAAAGGAGGCUACUCAAAAGAAAUUCUCCUGCAAAUCCUGCAAAAGUAUGGUGAAAUUCUGAAUUUGGUGCUCUCUAGUAAGAAGACUGGGAGUGCAGUUGUGGAAUUUGCCACAGUGAAAGCUGCUGAGAUGGCAGUGAAGAAUGAAGUUGGCCUGAUCAACAAUCCACUGAAGAUCUCCUGGCUAGAGGGCCAGCCACAGAGCAAUCCUAGCACAGUGUUUCCUGACAGUACUAGCCAGCCACGAAUAUCCCAGGGCUCUGUAGUCUCUGAGCGAGAUUAUGAAAGCCUUGUGAUGAUGCGAAUGCGUCAAGCUGCUGAAAGACAGAAGCUGAUUGAGCAAAUGAAACGGGAAGAUGAGGAAGAUUCUUGUACAUAGUAUGAGGAGAAAUGGCAUUCUCUUGUGCUGCUUAAAUUAAGUCAAUAAAUAUCCUUUUUAAAAACAA